UGGGAGGCUCCGGAGAGGCGGAAGGGGGUGGAUCUGCUCCUCCUCUGCCGCUUUGGGUGCUUCCUCCUCGGCUGCCUUUGGUGCUGCGUCCCGCUGAGCGGGCAGUCGUGCAAGGAGGACCCAAGAGAAAGUUGCUGCCAAGAUGACUACGUUGACCCGGCAAGACCUCAACUUUGGCCAAGUGGUGGCCGAUGUCCUUUCGGAGUUCCUGGAAGUGGCCAUCCAUCUCAUCCUUUAUGUCCGGGAGGUUUAUCCAACAGGAAUCUUCCAGAAAAGGAAGAAAUACAACGUACCCGUGCAGAUGUCUUGCCAUCCCGAACUGAACCAGUACAUCCAAGACACGCUCCAUUGCGUCAAGCCCUUGCUGGAAAAGAACGAUGUGGAAAAAGUGGUGGUGGUCAUUCUGGACAAAGAGCAUCACCCGGUGGAGAGGUUCGUCUUUGAGAUCACGCAGCCGCCUUUGCUGUCCAUCAGUUCGGACUCGCUUCUGAGCCACGUGGAGCAGCUCCUGCGGGCCUUCGUCCUGAAGAUCAGCCUCUGCGACGCCGUACUGGACAACAACCCUCCAGGUUGCACUUUCACCGUCCUGGUCCACACCCGGGAAGCCGCGACCCGCAACAUGGAGAAGAUCCAAGUCAUCAAGGAUUUCCCUUGGAUCCUGGCCGACGAGCAGGACGUCCACAUGCGCGACCCGCGCCUGAUCCCAUUGAAGACCAUGACGUCGGACCUGUUGAAGAUGCAGCUGUACGUCGAAGAGAGGGCUCAGAAAGGGACCUGAUUGAGCCGCAUGACGAGCAUCCCUUCGUAAUUUUCGGAAAGUGCUUGUAAUUGGAAACAGCGAGGAUUCAAAACCAA